GAGAAGAUUCAGCACUAUUAUUACCAGCCUGCGUUACAAUCAGAAUGCUAGCGAUAAAAUAUGCAGAGGGGUUGGCCACAACCACGAGGCUGGUCGUGACUUUCCCCUCGCUCAGAACGUCUCGACGCCAACUCCCCAGGAUCCCGCUUCGUCAAGUCAAAACUGAAUCUCACUCUGUAUAUUGAACAGAGUUGCAUGGAAUUAUCACUAACGCUAAGUAACCAGAAAGGCACCGGCAGGCUCUUCUAGCCACGACUUCCUUGUAUCAAGUACGCCACGCCGUCAAUGGCGCGAUGCAGCACCUCUUCUGGCCGAAUGACUGCUAUUAAUAUCCCAAGCUCAAAGCCAGCCUGAUCUCCUCGCACCCAGACUCUUGUUGCUCAAUCGCCCUGUCGCCGACCCUAUUAUAAAACCCGCGCCGUUGUUGUCGACAGCACCUUGAGACUGUCACUACCGCUCACACCCGCAGGGCGAAAUGGUCCUUUCAUAUCUCUUUACUCUCAGCCUUGCCCAACAGACAGCCUUAGCGGCCACGAGUGUCACUUUCUACACUGAUGAUUCAUGCCGAGAGGACCCCAGGGUCGCAAACGUAACGCCGUCUAUCUUUAAUGAUGUACAGUGCCAGGCUUUUCCGUUGCAAGGAACUGCCGUAGGCAGCGCAUUAUUGACUGAUUGGGAUAGUGCCACGACAGUAACGCUGUUCAGUGCUCCUGGUUGCACUGGCUCUAAUUCGAUCUAUCUGGCACCAGGAUUUUGCAAAAUAGUCACCUACGACGGUAGUGCGGAACCAGCCAUCGAAGUCGUCUCCGCUGAGAGCCCAGAUACUAGUUCGGGCUCGGCCGCAUCUACGACUUCUGAGCAGAGCACGACCUACUCCAUCGCGAGCACAUUCACUACUUCGACGAGCUCGACGACCACCUCCACUCCGACGUCCACAUCCACUCCAACGUCUACACCUCAGUCCGCUGACAAUCACGACGGACUCACGCUGCCAGCGGAGAUCGCAACGAUCGUGUCUACGGUUUUUGCGGGAAUAGGCCUUGUCUUUGUUAUAUAUAAGUUUGGAAAACGCAAGAAGUGGUGGUGACAUUAGAAGAGACUAUAUGUAUACUGUUAAAUCUACACUUGGUACUGCUGGAGCUAGGUUUAGUGUGAUACUGCGGCACCACUCUCUUUGUGCGCAACGUACACAGCUAGAUAUUCAAC